AUGGCAAAGCAGCGUACGCUGGAAUCACUAUUUAACGGAACGCAAGAGGAAGUGCCUAAUAAGCGCGUGCGUGUUGAAGAAGAUGAGGAAAAGGUGGCCGCUACAGAGACGGCAGCUGUGGUGCAAAGCACCGUGCAGCGUGCACAGACCCAUACCAACUUAAAACAAGGCACCCCUAUCCCGUAUUCAAUGCUCGUGGAUAUGUUUGUGAAGGUAGAAGCGACCACAAAACGUCUUGAAAUUCUGCAGUAUGUGACCAGUCUUUUUGUUGAUGUGAUUGCGCACUGCACAAAAAAUGGCGACGCGACAGAGGCGAGUGCAAAUUUGCUCUACGCUGUCUACCUGUGUAUAAAUCGACUGUGCCCUGACUAUGAAGGCUUGGAGAUUGGUAUUGGCGAAGGUCUUUUGGUCAAAGCCAUUGCUCAAAGCACGGGGCGCGAGAUUGCGCGGAUUAAGAAGGAUUUGGAAGCUAAAGGCGAUUUGGGUCUGGUCGCGCUGGCGUCCCGGAAGAAUCAGCCUACAAUGUUUCAUGCACAGAAGCUUACGCUUCCGUUUGUCUUUAAGCAGCUGAAAGAAAUUGCAAAGGCAAGCGGGAACAAGUCGCAGGACAAGAAACUCGGGAUUAUCAAGCGCCUUUUGGCGGCCUGUGCGGGCGAUGAGAGCAAAUACUUGAUCCGCAGUCUCGAAGGGAAACUUCGGAUUGGCCUUGCGGAAAAGACGGUGCUGGUUGCUCUAGCACAUGCCGUGAUUUUGGCGAAGCUUGGCGAGGAGGCCGAAUCCGUGCCGAAAGAAGAGCUGGCCGCGGCGCUGGAGAGUGGCACGACGAUUGUCAAGGCCGUGUUCAGCGAGCUUCCAUCGUACGAUCUUCUCAUCCCUGCUUUGCUGGAGCACAGCUUGGAUAGUCUGCAAGAGCGGCUGCGUCUCACGCCUGGUAUUCCACUAAAACCAAUGCUCGCAAAACCGACCAAGGAGAUCGGAGAAGUGCUGGAUCGCUUCGAAGAAAAAGUAUUUACGUGCGAAUUCAAGUAUGAUGGAGAGCGCGCACAGGUGCAUGGCUAUCCCAACAAGGAUGGAAAACUGGAACUGCGUGUUUUUAGCAGAAACUCGGAGGACAUGAGUAUGAAAUACCCGGAUUUGGUCGUCCAAGUGCCACACAGUCUGCGUGAUGCGGUAGAAAGCUUUGUGCUUGAUGCAGAGGCUGUCGCAUGGGAAUCUACCGCUGGCGAUGACGAGAAUGGUACGGAAGGACGACUCCUUCCCUUCCAAGAGCUGAGCCGGAGGAAGCGGAAAGAUGUCAGGGCGGAGGAUAUCAAGGUCAAAGUGAAGCUGUUUGCCUUUGAUCUCCUGUUUUUGAAUGGAAAGCCUCUUUUGCACAAGGAAAUGGACGAACGUCGUGCAUUGUUGAUGAAGCAUUUCCAGCCAGUGCAAUGUGAGUUUGGGUAUGCCACGCACCGAGACUGCACUACAGUCGAGGAAAUACAAACUUUUUUGGACGAGAGUGUAAAGAGCGGGUGCGAAGGACUCAUGGUCAAAAUGCUUAAAGGCCCUGAUUCAACCUAUGAGCCCAGUCGUCGCUCCAUCAAUUGGCUGAAGAUCAAGAAAGACUAUCUCUCUGGUACAGGCGACAGCUUGGACCUUGCCGUGAUUGGCGGCUAUUACGGCAAAGGCAAGCGUACAAAUGUCUAUGGCGCGUUCCUUUUGGCAUGCUACGAUGAUGAGCAGGAGGCAUACCAGAGCAUCUGCAAGAUCGGCACGGGAUUUUCUGAAGCCGACUUGGAAGCGCACUAUAACAACCUCAAACCCCUGGAAAUCGAGACUAAAAAGGGGUACUACGACGUCGGCGAGGCCAAACCGGACGUAUACUUCGAACCAAGAGUGGUGUGGGAGGUCCUCACAGCGGACUUGUCAUUGAGUCCUGUGUACACUGCUGCAAAAGGCAUGAUCGAUGCGCGCGGUAUUUCGCUGCGCUUUCCCCGGUUUAUUCAUUCACCUGCUGUGCCUUGGAAGCAACUUGUCACUGGCUUGUUAUGGGCAGUUUAUCUUUUUGAACUUUUUAUUUCUCUCCGGCAGUACCAGCUGUAUGCCAAGCCAACGCCGCCGAAAGCGCUCGUCCCGUACGUGUCGAUGGAGACGUUUCAGAAAAGUCAGGCCUAUGGACGGGACAAGGCACGGUUCUCAAUUAUCAGUGAUGCCUGCUCGCACUUGUUCAAUUUAUUUAUGGUGUCGUGUGACAUCUAUGCUUGGGCUUGGGUAUGGAGCGGCGCCCUGUUGGCGCUUUUUGGCGCGCCGCAAAAUGAGCUGACCCAAUCGGCGAUGUGGGUGAUUGUCACUACAGCAAUUCGCGAAGUGGAAUCCAUUCCUCUGAGUUUAUACCGCAACUUUGUUAUUGAGGAGCGCCAUGGUUUCAAUAAGCUGACGCUAUCAACGUAUGUCGCCGAUACGAUCAAAGAAUGGGUCAUGGGCAUUAUUAUUGGAGCACCGCUUACUGCAUUGCUAGUCGCAGUGAUACGAUGGGCGGGUGACUAUUUUGUCAUGUACACCGUGUUUCUGUUUACCGCGAUUGCGCUAUUUGGUAAUGUUAUUUACCCCGUCCUUAUUCAGCCGCUAUUCAACAAGCUUACACCUCUUCCUGAUGGCGCGCUGCGCGACCGUGUCAUGGCGCUUGCACUUGCACUCAACUUUCCGCUCAAGGACUUGUAUGUAAUCGACGGAAGUAAGCGCAGUGGCCACUCAAAUGCGUACUUCUACGGCAUCAUUCCAGGUGGAAAUAAACAUAUUGUGAUUUACGACACGUUAAUCGAGAAGUCUACUCCAGAAGAGAUUGAAGCUGUUCUGGCGCAUGAAUUAGGCCAUUGGGCACACUCAGACCCUUCUAAACUGCUGGUAUUGAUGCAGGCCAACAUGGUUUUGAUGCUCAGUCUCUUCACCUUGUUUAUUCACAAUGCGUCCCUCUUCCGUGCUUUUGGAUUCCAACUUGGCGUUGGUACGAGCAAUGCGCCCGUCACAGAGUCGUAUCUCCCUGUGCUUGUUGGCUUGGAGCUAUUCCAGCUGGUGUUUAACCCGACCGAUGCUGUGCUCAAGUUUGCGAUUAACGCAUUUGUGCGCCACAUUGAGUAUGCUGCGGAUCGUUUUGCGGCAAACUUGGCACGCCCGUUCCCUACGCCAUCGCAGCUAGAGGCUGAGCGGCUGUUGAAGGGUGAUAUGUCUCUUUCGGAAAAGCCCGACGCCACUGUGCUCGACUGGGUCGAACGAUUGAACAAGACUGACCCCGUUUCAGGCGAAAUUGUCGUCAGCGAACAGGCGCAGUAUACCGAGCUUUUAGGCCGCUCCCUAGUCAAGCUUCAUAUUCAGAACCUUUCGUCCAUGUACCACGAUCCCCUUUACAGUGCCUAUCAUUACUCGCAUCCGACCUUAACAGAGCGCCUCAUUGCGCUAGACAAGAUUGUUUCUAAAGCGAAGUAG